GACGCGUGAGAACAGAAAGAGAAGAAGAAGGAAGCUGUUGUAAAUUAUUUUUCCUCCAAGACUUUCAGGGGAAAUGUAGCUUCAGAUGAGCAUUUCGUGGCGGUGUAAAGUAUGUAAUAUACUGGCAUCCUUUCUUUGUUGGCCGCUCUCCAAGUCAGUCAGCAGAAAGACGAGCUUUGCGAUUGUCAGCUGGUGCAGGAAGAAGCCCUCGCAAUGUCUCUAGUGGAGGACAUGGUGCACGUGCUGCACAUGGUGCUGGAGUAUUUUGGGGUUCCUCCAGAAAUGCUGGUGCCAGUGUGGGACAGUCAGCUGUGCGGUCAGUAUCGCAGCAUAGUCCGGAUGAUUGGAACAAAUCUGCCACUGACGCCAACGCCACGGGUCCAUUUUCAGGUCCCGCUACUUGCCUACAGACCUUACGGAUAUGUGGACAUCACCGUGGAAACGCCGGCAAUCCCUUCGUUCGCCGAUGUCAUGUGGGUGCUGGAGGAUGAGGGAGACAGCUUCGCCAAAACCAGGAACCAUCUACCUCCGAGAAAGCAGAGCGCUGUGAAUAAGGAAGCGGUGGGAUACCGGGGACCAGCGCCGCCUCAAGCCCAGAGGGGAGGACGAGGUGUGAGGCAGACGGCCGGUCCGGACGCUCUGAAGAAGAUCACAGCGUUAGAGAGCGAGCUGCUGAAGCUACGAGCUCAGAUAGCCAUGAUCGUCACUGCUGCUCCAGCUUCAGGUUCAAGUGACUUCCAGAAUGGCGUGUCUUCACCUUUGACGUCUCCGUCCCCGCUCACCUCCACACCUCGAUGUGCCGCUCUGCCUCCUCCUCCUCCCCCUCCUCCUCCUCCUCCUCCUCCUCCUCUUCCUCCCCCCUGCUCCGGUUCCUCCACUGAGACCCAGUCUGUGACUGAGCUGAUCCUCCAGCGCAGGAAAAAUGAGAAAGACCUUGAUAAGGGCCAGCUCAAGCCUCAGGACUCACAAAUCAGCUCGGGCUCAGAUAAUAAAGGGAUCCCCUCCAUGCUGGAUGUGCUGAGGGACUUAAAUCAAGUUAAACUGCGCUCGGUGAAGAGAUCACCAGGAGGCACACCAGUCAAGAGGAGACGUAGCAAAGGAGGCGCAGCCAUACUCAGCGACCCAGCAGCGCUUAUUGCUGAAGCACUGAAAAGAAAGUUCUCCCAGUAUCGCCACAACUGCUCCUCAGACAAAGAGAAUUCGCUUGAAGUUUCACCUUUUGGCAGCCCAGAAACACCCACGGUUCCACAGCACGCCCGGCGCAGUCUGGGGCGCCGCCACCUCUGACUUUGUGGGCGGCAUCCGGCGGUUUCAAGCCGGUUUCACGUCAGCCAGUCUCAACUCCCACAGAUGUGCCUCACAGCGGACUACUACUGCAGCUACUGGUUUACAUUUCCUUUUAUUUCUGCUCGUCUUUUGCUGUUGUAACAUUAAUUUUCAUACAAAGUAAUGUCAAUUGUUUUGUGUUUUGAAUGUAUAAUGUUUAUUUUCUCAACAGUUGGUGUAAGCGAGGGUUUACGGUACACGUCUUUUGUACACUGUUGCAUCCUGUUUCAAGUUGUAUUCGUAGUGCUAUGUUUUUGAGCAACGCACCUUUAAGGAUAACAAAUUAAUAACAUAUUUCAGCAAGUAUGCACUGAAACUUCCAGCUUCCUGUUCUUAAUGUUCCUAGAAUCAUGUUCAUUCACUCCACAUGCAAUAAUAGCAGUGUUUCUUUACAACUCUAUUCUAUGCAGCUUUGUUUUAUUCUAUUAAAGAGUUCAAUUGCACUAUUAAAUUGUCUAAAAUUAGAUUUUUGUUUUACAAUGUUUCCAUCUAAUACAUGAGAGUCAAACGCCAAUAAAUUGCUUCCUGAAAAAAAUGUUACUGUGUUGUCAAAAAUUGCAACAAUAAAUUGCAACAAUACAAAACUUUGACCAAGCAAG